GGUCGGAUUCAAGAUGACCAACGAGGAACCUCUUCCCAAAAAGGUUCGACUGAGUGAAACAGACUUCAAAGUUAUGGCACGAGAUGAAUUAAUUCUAAGGUGGAAACAGUAUGAAGCAUAUGGGCAAGCUUUGGAGGGCAAGUACACAGAUCUUAACUCUAAUGAUGUAACUGGCUUAAGGGAGUCAGAAGAAAAACUAAAGCAACAACAGCAAAAGCCUGCACGCAGGGAAAACAUCCUUGUAAUGCGACUAGCAACCAAGGAGCAAGACAUGCAAGAGUGUACUACUCAAAUCCAGUACCUCAAGCAAGUCCAGCAGCCUAGUGUGGCACAACUGAGAUCAACAAUGGUAGACCCAGCCAUCAACUUGUUUUUCCUAAAAAUGAAAGGUGAACUGGAACAGACUAAAGACAAACUGGAACAAGCCCAAAAUGAACUGAGUGCCUGGAAGUUUACGCCUGAUAGGUAAACAAAUCAUACUCCCCAGUCAAGACUUCCCUGACAGUCCCACUACGAGAAAGCUGUGGUGGGACAGCCAAGUACUCGUUUCCACACCAAGACUCAGACUUUUUGAGCCAAAAAAAGCCACAUUCUUAUACUAUCCAGCUUGUAAUGGUUAAUGUAAAACUUAACAGAUGAACCUUGUGUUUCAGCUUUUUUCUCUUCCCCUUCCCUUGGCUCAGGGGCCUUGAUGCGUUCAGAUAUUUCGAAGGAAUGGGCAACCCCCAAAAAUUUCCCUUCUAGAACAUGUAGACACUUGAGAAAUGUUUCUGUUUGAAGAAAAUAGAGGGAGAAACAGAAGUCUUAAGUCUGUGGCACACUGUGUCUUCAGACAGUUUGGAGGAAUGAAAACCUAGAGAUAUAAAAUCACGAAUUGAACAUGUAAAAUUCCAUUAAAAUGUAAAAAUGGAAUGCAUCGCUCUUAACCUUGAGCAUAGUGACUUAGAGACACUGUAUAUAUCAGUUUUGCCAAUAAGACUGUGGACUUGUGAUUGUUGUUGAACUUCUGGGUCAAAACUCAAAUGAGGUGAAUUUUGCCUUUAAAGGAUUUAUUUCCCAAGAAACAACUUUAAUAGCUAUUAGAGAAUCAACUAAUAGAUGUCAGUAUAAGUAGUUCAUAUAUUUAACCAUUUAGUUUGGGGCUCUGUAUUACUUGAUGGAGCUUUAAAUCAAUGUGGUUUUAAUCAAUGGUUUGUUCUCUGAAUGGUUGCAAAUACUGUAGAUAAUCUUAUUGAGGACUGUACAACAUGAAGGUGUGGUAUCAAACUUGAGGUUUUAAACUGUUUGAAGCAUUAUAAACAUUCAUUUCACAACUAGAUUGUAUAUGGAUAUUGGCUGUGAUGAGACUCACUGCGUUAUUAUUUUUAGUAGUGAAAUUUAUUAAAUCCGCAUUCCAUUCAACAGGCACAUGUUGAAAGAGAAUUGUCAUUGGUGUUAAUGGGGGAAUGUGUUCCUUCAUUGUAUUUGGGCCUUUUGUAUCGCACUCUUGAUAUUAAAUUAAAUGUGCCU